GUAGGAAGAAUGAUUUGAUUAUGCUAACCGAGAAGGACCAGCUCGUAUCGGUUGACGAGGAGAAGAUCAAGACAGUAGGGCGAAUUAUGAAUGUCGCGUUCCGAUUGGGAAAGGUGCAUGCUUUAGGAGAUGCUGUGGUGCUGGAUGUGAAUACGUAUGACGUUCUUUUCGGUUUUCCUGCAUUGGUGGCGCUGCGUGCUAAUUUAGACUUUGAACGCCGAUCCGUCAUUCUCUGGAAUACCGGGGGAAAGCCGUAUGUAAUACCCAUGAGACUAACUCUUCGAACGUCGGUUAAGGUAGUACCCCGAAUUUCUCCGGAAACAAGGGGAGCGCUCCGCAUGGUCUCCUGGAGUGCAUCUGUGGACGGAGGCCAAUCAUCGAACGACGCGGGUAGCGACGACGAUGACGAUCCAGUCGUUACACGGUUAGUACGACAACGGAUUCACUACCCGCCGCCUCGCACUAUUUGGGUUCGGUGCCCGAUGGGAAUCUGCAAUGCGCCUGCCACGUUUCAGAGGGCGAUGAAUGUGACUUUUCAUAAUUUCGUCAAUAAGACACGGCCAACUCAGGGGAUGAUUAACUUCUGCGUCAUUGUGUACAUGGAUGACAUUCGAGUGUACUCGGACACGUUUCACGGACACGCGCAGCACAUCGAAUGGACGUUGGUGCGUCCAGGCUGUCGGAGGCUUCUCACCCAGGAGCUUACGGUCCCAAUUGCGCAGCUGGCCGACGAUCUUGACGUCAGCAUUGUCUCCCAGGCCGACCCGCGCUUGGUGCCCCACGUCACCUCGCGCACGCUGUCGCCGUAUCUUCAGUGGUCAACUUGCAUGGAGGGCUUCCCAUGGAGAAUUCCGCCUUCACGGCUGGAUUAUUUGGAUCCGCGCGACAUCGUGGAUCCCGCUUUCUACAGACCGUCGUACGAGGACGAAUUGGAGGAGAUAAUCCGCGAGGAGCUCGCGGAAGAAAGUUCGGAGGAAGAGGAGGAGAAUCUGAACGAAGACGAAGGGGAGCCGGCACAACAGCAGAAGGAGACAAAGAAGAGCUCCUGCAAACGGAGAGCGAGGAGGAAGCAGAAGAAGAAGACAACGAGCAAGGGAGCGGUGAUGACAAUGACGAGGAGCACACCGACGAGGAUCCCCAACUAGAAAUUGCGCCAGCAACGAUGCAACGCUCGACUCGGAGCCACCUCAGCCAGA